GAGUAGGUGGGUGGCGCUUACCGCCUUCGCUGAGGAAAGUUGGCCGAGUAGACAGGGCGGAUUUUCGGAUUUUGUCAAAGAUGGACAGCCAAGGCAGGAAAGUGGUGGUUUGUGACAAUGGGACCGGGUUUGUUAAGUGUGGCUACGCGGGCUCGAAUUUUCCCGAGCACAUCUUCCCAGCACUGGUGGGAAGGCCCAUCAUCCGCUCCACAGCUAAAGUGGGCAACAUCGAGAUCAAGGACCUGAUGGUGGGCGACGAGGCGAGUGAGCUGCGCUCCAUGCUGGAGGUGAACUACCCCAUGGAGAACGGCAUCGUGCGCAACUGGGACGACAUGAAGCACCUGUGGGACUACACGUUUGGCCCUGAGAAGCUCAACAUUGACUCGCGCAACUGCAAGAUCCUCCUCACGGAGCCACCUAUGAACCCCACCAAGAACCGCGAGAAGAUCAUCGAGGUAAUGUUUGAGACGUACCAGUUUGCUGGUGUUUACAUCGCCAUCCAGGCUGUGCUCACACUCUAUGCUCAAGGUCUCCUCACUGGUGUGGUCGUGGACUCUGGUGAUGGUGUGACUCACAUUUGUCCCGUGUAUGAAGGAUUCUCUCUCCCACACCUCACACGCCGCCUGGACAUCGCAGGCCGAGACAUCACACGUUACCUCAUCAAGCUGCUGCUGCUGAGGGGUUACGCCUUCAACCACUCGGCCGACUUUGAGACGGUGAGGAUGAUGAAGGAGAAGCUAUGUUACGUGGGCUACAACAUCGAGCAGGAGCAGAAACUUGCACUGGAGACCACCGUGCUGGUGGAGUCCUACACGUUGCCAGACGGCAGGGUAAUUAAGGUGGGAGGGGAGCGCUUCGAGGCCCCUGAGGCUCUCUUCCAGCCGCAUCUGAUCAAUGUGGAGGGGGUGGGCGUGGCUGAGCUGCUCUUCAACACCAUCCAGGCAGCUGACAUCGACACCAGAGCUGAGUUCUAUAAGCACAUCGUGUUGUCUGGCGGCUCUACAAUGUAUCCUGGCCUCCCAUCCCGGCUGGAGCGUGAGCUUAAGCAGCUCUACCUGGAGAGAGUGCUCAAGGGAGACGUGGAAAAGCUCUCAAAGUUUAAGAUCCGUAUUGAGGACCCUCCUCGUCGUAAGCACAUGGUGUUUCUGGGUGGAGCUGUGCUCGCUGACAUCAUGAAGGACAAAGAUAAUUUCUGGAUGACCAGAGAGGAGUACCAGGAGAAAGGUGUGCGCGUGCUGGAGAAACUAGGGGUGACUGUCAGAUAAACCAGACGCACGCACGCACGCACACACACACAAAAUCCAUAUACAUACACACAGAGAAACGUAUGCGCGCGCACACACACACACAGGGUGGCAUUUUGGCAGUGUAUUAAUGGGGGGGAAAGGCAGAAUAUACUUGAUGAUAAUCAAAUACUUGAAUUUUACAGUUGCAGUCAAAAAUCUUCAUUCUCGUAUUGGUGCGAUUUGAAAAUCUACAAAGAUUACCUCUGCCUUUUGAGCACUAGAUAAUAGUUAAAAUGUUGGGCAAUUAAAAUCUUGCAUUCAAAAUGACUUGUUUAUGCUGCCAAAAUGAAUCGUAGAAUACAAUCCCCUUCCCUCACUUUUCCAAUUAGACAUGGGUGUAAUUCACCGGUUUUCAUCUGUUUGUCUAUAUAUUUCCACUUUUUUGAAGGACAUAUAGAUGGCAGACAAUAAUAAUAAUAAUAAUAAUAAUAAUAAUGUUUUAGAAGAAAACGUGGUCAUGUAGAAUCCGUGAAAUGUCAGUAGUUUGUGGAUGAAGAUUACCACGAACAAUGUCAUAUUUAAGGCCGAUGGUAUCAAAACAUGUAAAGGCACCCUGUCAGGCAGGCUGCGUUUUAAAUGUAAAAUGUAUUACUUUUUUUUCCCCCCCAUGUCUUUUUUUUUUUAUAUAUAUAUAUACAUGUUUUCACUUAUGUUUCUUUUUCCGUAAUCGAAAGUGCACACUUUGGCUGUGGGCUGAACGGCACUCUAGUCCCCAGCGUGGUGUAAAUGCGCUGAGCGCACCGACUUUCAUAGGUUAUGGCAGGGCUCAGUUCCGUAGGUCUCCCCGUUAGGACCACAUUGCCAUUUGCACUUGGCUGGCUGGCUUGUUAGUGCUUACAGGCGCGUAGUUAUUGUUAUACUGAACUGCAAAACGGUUUUGAAUGGACGUCAGCAUCGCUGCUCUCAAAAUGAUGUCUUGAAUGAAGACAGCAAGCCAAAACAGUAAGGAGAGCCGAACACUUUCUCAAAGCUCACGUCCACACACCUGGCAAAUACCCUCGCUGUUCGCGGUAAGGUUUUAGCGAAUUAAACAGCAACCGUGCUGUUUACAGUAUUGCAGUACAAUAUUAAGUUACUUCGUCUAAUUCACACACAUUUUGGCCCAAACUGCUUUGUGCAGACUUUUUCCUUUUCUUCGAAGGAAAGAUUAGGAAACACGGCGCUAUGUUGCUGCGUAGCCACGUGUUUCUGCAUGUUUCUUACACUUUUAUUAUUUGUUCUUUCCAUUUUGAUACGAUUCGUUCUCCUGAACACGGUUCGGUUGUACCUGGCGUUGCGUAAAUGAGCAGAGGAGCGGAACGCAAGCUGUUCGUU